AUGACCAUCUUGGGCGAGAUCGUCGACUUGCAUCACGCAAAGAACCAUCCUCGCUUCGGUACUUCGUUCCGGCAAAGUCAUGAGUGGAAUGCUCAGACCGCCGAGAUUACUCGACAUCUUGAGAUAUACGAGCAGAGUCUGCAAUCUUUCGAGCGCAAGAAUUUGCCUCGACAAGUUGAGGAUAGAGCCGACGUUGCAAAUGAGGGUAACGGAGUUCCUGAGACCAACACACCAUCAGUCCACUCUGUGCAUACGAAUUCAUCAAACCGACUUACAGAGAGCAAUAUUCAGACUCGCAUUGUUAUUGCUUAUGGAACCCAUGUGAUGCACGUGCUGCAUAUCCUCCUCUCUGGCAAGUGGGAUCCUAUUAACCUGUUGGAUGAUGAAGACUUGUGGAUUUCUUCGCAAGGGUUCAUCACAUCAACGAGCCAUGCUGUUGCGGCAGCCGAGGCCAUCAACCUGAUACUUGAAUUCGAUCCUGGUCUGGAAUUCAUGCCGUUCUUCUUCGGUAUCUAUCUGCUCCAGGGCUCGUUCUUACUGCUGCUUAUCGCGGAUAAGCUCCAGUCGGAGGCGUCGCCCAGCGUGGCAAAGGCAUGCGAGACAAUCGUGCGGGCUCACGAAGCAUGCGUAGUAACUCUAAGUACAGAAUAUCAGCGAAAAUUCAGCAAGGUCAUGCGCAGUGCUCUUGCCCAAGUUCGAGGUCGUGUACCCGAAGAUCUUGGCGAGCAACAGCAAAGGCGAAGAGAACUUCUGGCGGUGUAUCGGUGGACAAAGGACGGGACUGGUUUGGCACUGUGAGCAGGGCUCUCUAGUCAUGGUUAGGAAAUGAAUGGAAACGAAAAGGGCAAGGAGAAAAGGAACAACAUACUUGGGGCGUCUUAGGAGGGACAUUCGCUUUUCUUUUUUCCUUGGAUAGGAAUAACGGCCUUAAUGGACUCGAGAUUCAGCUCGGGUAUGGGAGCGGCA